AGUCGCUCGCAGUACCCUUCCGUACCUCUCUCUCUCUCUCUCAAAACCUCUCAUGCAUGGCGAUUUCCGGCUUCAAUUCAGGCUAAUUAAGGCACUAUUUUCUUCAUUGCCAAGUAACUACUGCGAUACGAUGUGAUCUCGUCGACUCUCCUAGCGUUCCGCUACUCGAUUUCCUAAUCGGGUUUUUGUUGAGUCUGAAAGUUGAGGGAUUUUUCUGUUUACGAUUUCUAGGGUUAGGGUUUUGGAGGCAUGAAGGGUACCUUGGAUCGAACCAAGGUGGUGCUCCGCCACUUGCCACCGACAAUUUCGGAGGCCACGCUCAUGGAGCAGGUAGAUGGUGCAUUCGCUGGGCGUUACAACUGGGUCUCGUUUCGUCCUGGGAAGACCAGCCAGAAGCAUCAGUCCUAUUCAAGAGCAUACAUAGACUUCAAGAUGCCAGAGGAUGUGCUGGAAUUUGCUGAAGUUUUUAAUGGGCAUGUAUUUGUUAAUGAGAAAGGCACUCAGUUUAAAACCAUUGUUGAGUAUGCACCUUCACAACUUGUUCCAAAGCAAUGGUCUAAAAGGGAUGCUCGUGAAGGGACUAUAUUCAAAGAUCCUCAGUAUUUGGAGUUCCUUGAAUUUCUUGCGAAGCCAGUAGAGAAUCUUCCUAGUGCAGAGAUACAAUUGGAAAGAAAGGAGGCAGAACGAGCUGGUUUAGUGAAGGAAGUGCCAAUAGUUACUCCUCUAAUGGAUUUUGUGCGACAGAAAAGAGCUGCUAAGGGUGUAUCACGGGGGUCAUCUUCUAAUGGAAAACUGAGCAGACUAGCUAGUGGAUCAUCCAGUGGAAGUCCAAGUUCAGCCUCAUCCAGGAGAGGCUCUGAAAAGAGAAGGGGUUCUACCAUGAAGUAUGUACUAAGAAACUCCUUGAAAAAUGCAAGUAGCAAAGACAAGUCAACUCACAUUUUGGUUCGCAAACGGGAUGAACAGAAGCUUUCAGAUAAACAUGUUACUCUUGCUUUGUCUCCUGGAAUUGAAGGACUGGAAGAGGAAAGAGGUGUUUCAGGAAUCAAUAAUACUGGUAAGGUGAAAGUCCUGCUUCUAAAAGGCAAGGAGAGAGAAAUUUCUAAUGUGUCUGGAAUCAUGUCACAGCAGCAGAGCAUAACAACAGUUAAAAACAUGAUUGGUUCAACUUCUGCCAAGCAGAACUCACAGCAUGAAGGCAGUGGGAGGAUUAUUAGAAGCAUACUUUUAAACAAGGAUGGUCGUCAGAGUCAGACUUCUAGUGUCCGUUGCGAGCAACUUGUUCAGUCUUCUAAUUUGGAGAAGGACAAACGACCUCCUCGACCCCCUCAUGCACAGCUGGUUCUGAAGGACACCAAUGGUGCUGUAGAAGAUAAGAUUGUUGGAAAUGACUUGCAUGGUGUGCAUAAUGAGAAGCAGGAAAGACGUGCCAGAAACAAAGAUAUACCUGAUCGUGGUGUAUGGACUUUUCGCCAUUCUGAUGGAUCAUAUGUGAGUGAUGAGUCCUUGUCAUCCUCAGCAUCUCAGUCUCAACAGAUAACCUUAGAUGGUUCUGAAGGGACUCAGAGUGAUAUGAAAGUUGAUUUGUCAAAUGCAAGGGGUGGCCAAGUAAAGACUGUUGGAAGUGGACGUAAUAGUUCAUUAGACAAUGGCUCCCACAAGCAUGUUGGACGUCGUGGACCAGUUUCUGAUAGCUCCUCUACACUAAGUGAUGGGAAGCCAUUGAAACGAGGCAAUGCUUCUUAUCAUGAGGUGGUUAUGACUAUAAACAAGUCUGGGUGCAGAAGUCAAGUUCUGGUUCAUAGUGAAGUGGAAGAUGUGAUUCUCAUGAUCAAGUGAAAAUUUGGAGCAUGACUUUUGCUUUAGCCGGAGGCUGUCUUGCCACGCUUUAACUCAUGACCCAAGUGUAAACAAUGUUUCAGCAGCAAAAUAGAGGGAGGCUCUGUUGACUUAAAUGAAGCCAGAUAUCACGUAACUAUACUUCUUUGGUUGAAAAAAACCUUUGUGUAGACGGAAACCACUCAGAAAUGAAGGGACAAGAAAUAAAGAAAGAAAAGGUUAUCAUUUAUAUAAUUUUAUGACACCAUAGUUUUCCUUGUGGCGCCCUUGAUGGAUUUUGCUUGUGGGGGGCAACAUGGGAACGCCCUCAUUCCUGCCAUCAGCCUAGCUGGAGACUGGGAUGUCCUGCUUCUAUCGGUUUAUUUCUUUUAGCUGAAACUGUGAAUGUGAAAGGCGAAGCCCUGUCUACUCUCUGCAUUCCAGAGUCGUUAUAUAUGUCUUGUUGAGUGAUAUACAAUGUCUUACUGGUGAGCCAUUUGUCUAUAGCUCCCUAGUAUUUUAAGGGCUCUUUAAGAGGGCUUGUCCAGGAGACAGGGAAAGCUGGGACAUGUUCUCUUUUCAGCCCCUGUGUUACAGGAUGUUUUGAGUGGUAGGCUAGGCGUUGGAGUGAUUUGGAGGAAUAGCAAGUACAUUGAUGAAUUGAGUGAAAGCUGAUAUGGAUCUUUCGUGGACCAUGUUUUGUUAUUGCUUUGGGAUCCUUGUAUACGGUUUAUGGUUAUCAUAUAAGAUCAUGCCAUCCGCAUCCUCCUUUACUU